GGUGAUCCACCCGCCUCGGCCUCUCAAAGUGCUGGGAUUACAGGCAUGAACCACCUCGCCCAGACUAUUUGUAUUCUUACCAAGCUUAAAGAAAUAGUAUAAGACUUUAAAUAAAAUAGGCAGGAAACCUCCUGCCCACCUGCUGUGUGCUCUGCACCUUUCCUUUUCCAUCCUGUGUCCCCAGAAGCAGCCGCUUUGGGCUGCGUUUCCUUCUCUGGCGUCCAUCCCAGCUUCUCAUCUGGCCGCGUUGGCGUGACUUGUUUCAUGUUUCUUCUCCCUCCAUUUUGAAGUAACCAGCUUGAUGAACGGCCUGAACUUGGUACAAGUUGUGGCUUCAUUUUUCUCCACCACACCUCAGGCUUGCACCGUCAGCUCUUUCUUCCCUUGUGGUCAUCGUAAGGAGAGCCCACGAUGCUCUGGUCACGGCCUGUUUGUUGCUAACUCUCAGUUACUUUCGUAUGGGAAAGUUCAGUCCACACUCCAGGCCUUUGUACCUCCCCCUCAUUCUAGCCUGCGGAGGGGAGAUGGAGGAGGCCUGUCUUUAUUCCCACUUCAUUUCCUUGUUGCCCUCUGGUGGGGGCUCCUUCUGGGUUGAUAGGAAGAUCAGUGAUUAGAGGGAAGGACACAAAGGCUCCUGCGGUGUGAUGGUCAGUACCCAGUGUUAUGACAGGCAUCUGUGGGGAUCGUGGGACUUGGUUAGAGCCUCUGGCAGGAUUUUGCUCGCAGUUCCAUGAUGUAUGUGAUUCUUUCUCUCACCGCUUGCAGACUUACCCAGAAGUCCACUCACCGCCUCUUCCCCUGGGAUCUACCUCCUUGCAGGUAGUGCUGCUGAGGAGGAGCCUGCUAAUGAGCUCAAGUCUCAAGUUCAGGAAUCUUGGGGGUAUUCCCUGGCCCCAGGGAAACAGUGCCCUGCCUGAGGGAUUGUUGUCGUUCAAGGAUAUAUCUGUGGAGUUCACCUGGGAUGAGUGGCAGCUACUGGAUUCCACACAGAAGUACCUGUACAGAGAGGUGGUACUGGAAAACUACCAUAACCUGAUCUCGGUGGGGUAUCAUGGUGCCAAGCCUGACUUAAUCUUCAAGUUGGAACAAGGAGAAGAUCCGUGGAUAGUAAAUGCCAAAAUUUCCAGGGAGAGCUGUCCAGAUGGCUGGGAAGAAUGGUACCAGCAAAACCAAGAUGAGCUUGAAAGUGUUGAAAGGAGCUAUGCUUGUAGUGUGUUGAGAAGACUUAAUCUGAGCAAAACCCAUGAUUCUUCAAGACAAAGAUUCUAUAACACACAUGGAAAAAGUUGGACCCAAAACUCAGCUUCAAGCAGAAGUUGUUUAAGAAAGAAUCCUGAUAAGUUUCAUGGUUAUGAAGAACCAUAUUUUCUUAAGCAUCCAAGAGCUCAUAGCAUAGAAAAAAACUGUGUGUGUAGUGAAUGUGGGAAAGCUUUUCGUUGUAAAUCACAGCUCAUUGUACAUCUCAGAAUUCAUACAGGAGAGAGACCUUAUGAAUGCAGUAAAUGUGAAAGAGCCUUCAGUGCCAAGUCAAACCUUAAUGCUCAUCAGAGAGUUCACACAGGAGAAAAGCCCUACUCAUGUGGUGAAUGUGAGAAGGUCUUCUCCUUCAGGUCACAGCUCAUUGUCCAUCAGGAAAUUCACACAGGAGGGAAACCCUAUGGUUGCAGUGAGUGUGGGAAAGCCUACAGUUGGAAAUCACAGCUUAUUUUACACCAGAGAAGCCAUACAGGAGUGAAACCCUAUGAAUGUAGUGAAUGUGGGAAAGCCUUUAGUUUGAAGUCUCCAUUUGUUGUGCACCAGAGAACUCAUACAGGAGUGAAACCCCAUAAAUGCGAUGAAUGUGGGAAAGCCUUUCGGAGUAAGUCCUAUCUCCUUGUUCACAUUCGAAUGCACACAGGAGAAAAACCCUAUCAAUGCAGCGAUUGUGGAAAAGCCUUCAAUAUGAAGAUGCAGCUCAUCGUACAUCAGGGAGUCCACACAGGAAAUAAUCCUUACCAGUGCAGUGAAUGUGGGAAAGCCUUUGGUAGGAAGGAACAGCUCACUGCACAUCUGAGAGCUCAUGCAGGAGAGAAGCCCUAUGGGUGCAGCGAAUGUGGGAAGGCGUUCAGCAGCAAGUCAUACCUUGUUAUACAUCGGAGAACACACACGGGAGAGAGACCCUAUGAAUGUGGUUUGUGUGAGAGAGCCUUUUGUGGGAAAUCACAGCUGAUUAUACAUCAGAGAACUCAUUCAACUGAGAAGCCCUAUGAAUGUAAUGAAUGUGAAAAAGCCUAUCCUAGGAAGGCAUCACUGCAGAUACAUCAGAAAACUCAUUCAGGAGAGAAACCUUUUAAAUGCAGUGAAUGUGGAAAAGCCUUCACUCAGAAGUCGUCUCUCAGUGAACAUCAGAGAGUUCACACAGGAGAGAAACCAUGGAAAUGCUCUGAAUGUGGGAAAUCCUUCUGUUGGAACUCAGGGCUUCGUAUACAUCGGAAGACUCACAAAUGAGAAGUCAGAAUGACGCACAUGUGAGAAACUGUGUCACAGAAGCUGAUUUCAGGAGACUUUAGAUAACAGAGACAGGAUUUACAAGCAGGAGGCCCUAAAACUACGCUCAUGUCAAAAAUCAUGUAGGAGAGAAAUCAGCCAUAUUUGGGAUGAGUGUAAAAGCCUUCAGAAAUGAGUUACAAAUCUUUGUAGAUGAAAAUAAUUGAAGGAAUGAGGAGCAGUAAAUGUAUGAAAUGUUGUAGCCUAUUAUGAAGGUAAUCUGGUAAAGAAUACCAGAGUAUCCUCUUCUUGCUAAGAAAUCCACAUUUCUAAGUUAUCCACAUGAAUAAAUUAGGGAAGCAUUUUCCCAUGGAAAGCGUGUUCCGUGGAAAGUCACAUUCCAGAUUUGAAGCUAUGUUUUUAUAAAAUAAAAUCUCAGUUAUAAACAGUUGACUUUUCAUGGUAGAGUUUAAAGGUUGUUUGUUUGUUUUAAUAUGUAAAUAAAGUAAUGAUCAGGAAAACCACAGGGAAUAGAUUCUUAAAGUUAAGGGAUAUUUAAUGUGACUUCCCUGAGUUAACACUGAAUAUCAUUUCUAAAAUUUUUAGUAUUUUAUUUUUUAAUGUAACUUGUUCUAUAUCUCUCUAUAUAUUUGAUAGUUUGUGGAAUAACAUCCCCCAGUAUUUUCCAUAUUAAAUACUAAUUGUCUUUUUAUUUCUUUUUCAUAAGCAGAACUGGCGGUUUAUUACAGAGCUGCUGCUUAAGAAAACUCAUUGUAAUGAACAUUUAUUAUAUGUUGGCAGUUGUGUGUGUGUUCUCCAUUAAUUGAGUUGAGCUCCCUUGUUUUCUCUGGAGAAAUACCUCCCCUCUCUGGGGUGCUUCCUGUGGUGUCUUUCAGGUAUCCUUUCCACUAGCUACAGGUGAGCAUUUUACCCAUUGUUGGAUAAUGGUAAUCUCUUUUUCAGAAUUUGGAGUCUGUAAUUCAUUCACACAUGAACCAGAAAAUGUCAGAACUCAUUC